UGGCGAGAGGUUUGAAGCUCAUUCUGUAACGUUUCUUGCCUGGGACAGUGUGGCCACAACAACACAGAAAUCAUUCAGGGAAAGAUGGCGACUCGAGUCCUCCGGAGUGUGGGGAACGGCCUCAACCAGGCUGGAAAGGGUGUCCGAGGGAGCCAGCAAGUUUCUCUCACGAUAAGGUCUCUCUCUGCAACACCAAGCAAAAGCCGUGAGGACAGCUGGUUCAAGUCUCUCUUUGUGCGCAAGGUGGAUCCCAGAAAAGAUGCACACUCACAUCUGCUUGCCAAGAAGGAAGAUCACAACCUCUACAAAAUCCAGUUUCACAAUGUCAAACCAGAGUGUCAGGAUGCCUACAACAAGCUUUGUGAGGAAGUGCUUCCCCAAAUCCAUACCGAUCCUCAGUAUACCUGUGAAUUGGUGGGGACCUGGAACACGUGGUAUGGGGAGCAGGAUCAGGCAGUUCAUCUGUGGAGAUAUCGUGGCGGAUAUCCAGCCUUGAACGAUGUAAUGAGCAAACUAAAAAAGAAUAAGGAAUUUGCGGAAUUCAGAAGUGAACGUGGAAAGAUGCUUUUGUCCCGUCGAAACGAGCUGCUUUUGGAGUUCAGCUUCUGGAAUGAGCCUGAUCCCAGACCUGGCCCGAACAUAUACGAACUGAGAUCAUACCAGCUCAGGCCUGGGACUAUGAUUGAGUGGGGAAACUAUUGGGCCCGAGCCAUUGAGCUUCGCCAGGAGAACCAGGAGGCUGUCGGUGGAUUCUUCUCUCAGAUUGGGAGCCUCUACAUGGUACACCACCUCUGGGCUUACAAAGACCUGCAGUCCAGAGAGGAGACUCGGAAUUCUGCCUGGAAACAUGAAGGUUGGGAUGAAGCUGUCUACUAUACAGUCCCUCUUAUUCAGCACAUGGAGUCGAGAAUAAUGAUCCCGACAAAAGCGUCACCUCUGAAGUAGCGUGUCGAAAGCUAUCCUGCAGGUGAAGAUGGAACUCAUUUCUAGGGAAACGACCCACCUGUGAGGAACUUCACAGCCUUGGACAGCCAUCGGAUUUGAAAACGCUAGCACGCUUUCCUUUGUUUUACGUGUUAUUCUCUCUUCUUUCUUCACCACAACUGAUUGCAGUUCAAGACAAAACAAAAAUGAAAAGAAAUCUUGUCUUUCUAAAUGUUGCCCCCAAAAAACUGAUACAGUAAAUAUCAACAGAAUAUCGACAGAAUUUUGCUGGUUUAAAAGGCUGACACUCCCUCUUAUGUGCAUUUGUGCAUUUCACUAAAAUAUUUAUUGAACAAAAUCAAUGUCUGUUUAUUUAAGUGAGAUGAUCAUGAACCUGUCUUGGAAGUGUGAGCAUCUUUUCCUUUAUUUCUCUGCAUUUCACCCCACAGCAAAUCGACUUCAGUGUACCUGGCUAAUCUCUGUCCUCAGUUUGAGUUGCCUUGAUGCAGUUGUGUUCCUCUGCUAAAUUGUGUGUGUCUAUUUCUCUGUGAAUCCUUGGCUGGUGCACGGCCUCUGAAAUUACUUUUGGAGGUUGUUGAUUAUGUUCUGGCCAUUCGCUGGUUGGGUGAAAAUCCACCUCUGUUUAAUCAGCUUUACUCCAAGUCAGACGCGAGAUGUAGACAAUAUCACAUUGCUGUUCAAUUGUAGGAGUCAAUAAUAAUUAAUCAUGCACAGGAGUGGUUCAAGGUUCACGGUUCCAGACUCACCAACUCGUAGUAUUUCUACCGUUUUCAUUCAGUUAUUCUUACAAUGUCUUUGUGUUUGGAUUACAUUUUUUUUUUUUUUAAACCAGAGGUCACAACUUGGACCCAGAGGUCAGAUUACUGAAAAGAAACUUAAAGAGUAUGUCACAUAACACUCCCAUAUUGUGUUAAUGUGUUAAUACAAUAAAGUCAUAAAGUAAAACUGGAACUUGCUGUCUGUGCAGCAGAGGGUUCCUGCGCCUUUUCCUGUCAAGAAAAUAUUGAAUAUUAUCAUGAUAUCACAGAUAUAUGAGGCUCCAGGCGUGGUUGGAUCAGAUUAUUUUUGUUACGUAUUGUGAGUCGCCCUCUCGACCACAACCAACCAGCACAGAUCCAUUUAAAUCAAAGUGAUUUUGGACUAACGUCUCGGACGGUUAAAACAGGUUGGCUGCUUGAUCUGUGAAGAAGCGCACAGGCCUUUUAAUAGUGUAGGUCCAAUCAAGUACUGGUUCUUUAAUUGUGGUUACGGUUUGGAUUUGUGAGUUGACUAAUGUCUAGUGAGACACAAAUAAAUGUCUUCUUUGUGGGAAAUGAAA